AUGCCUUCUUCUUUUAUAGGUGGUGAGAAAACACAGAGCCCAGAGCCUCUCAGGAUUGUACUGGUUGGAAAGACUGGCUGUGGAAAGAGCUCUUCAGGAAACACCAUUCUAGGAAGGAGAGAGUUUAAAGCUGAAGCUUUACAAACAUCAGUCACUAAAAAAUGUCAGAAAGCACAGGGUGAAGUUGAUGGUCGUCCUGUUGUUGUGGUUGACACUCCUGGUCUGUUUGACACAACUCUGUCACAUGAAGAAGUUCAUGAAGAGUUGGUGAAAUGUAUCAGUCUUCUGGCCCCAGGACCACAUGUCUUCCUGCUGGUGAUACAGAUUGGUAGAUUAACAGCAGAGGAGAAGGAGACACUGAACCUGAUCAGGAAAUUCUUUGGGAUGAAUUCAGAAAAUUUCACCAUUGUUCUUUUUACAAGAGGAGAUUCACUGGAACAGGAUGAAAAGUCGGUGGAGGAAUUCAUUAAAAUGGAACAAGAGGAUUCCUUAGAGAAGGUGGUGUCUGACUGUGGAGGAAGAUAUCAUGUGUUUAAUAACUAUGAUAAACAAAACCAGAAACAGGUCAGCGAGCUGAUAACAAAGAUUGGGGAAAUGGUGGAGAAAAAUGGUGGUGAGUGCUACACUAAUGAGAUGCUCCAAGAAGCUGAAGCAGCAAUACAAAAAGAAGUGGAGAGGAUCCUGAAAACCAAGGAACAGGAGAUGCAGAAAGAGUUUGAGAAACUUCAAAUGCAACAUGACGAAGAAUUAAAAGAAAUGGAAAAACGGUUUGAAGAACAGAGGAAAGAAAAAGAGUCGGAGAGAGAACAAAGAGCUAAACGUCUUGAACAAAUGAGGGAUAAACUUAAUAAUGAGCGUGAGAGGAAGAUGAAAGAACAAGAAAAAAGGGAAGAAGAAGAUGCAAAGAAGAAAAACCUGGAAGAAAUCGAACACCAGGAAUGGGAAAAAGAGCUAAAUGUUUUGCAAAACAGAAUCAAUUCUACAUUAGAUGAGGAAAAGAGAAAGGAACUAGAGCAGAGUAAGGACAAGAUGAUAGAGCAACAGAAGAAGAAGAAAAGGGAACAACAGGAAUUUUGGGAGAAACCUAAAAGAGAACACAAACGAAAGCAAGAGGAAGCAAAGCUCAAAAAGCUCCAAAUGGAUUAUGAGCAGGAGAAAGUAAAGUAUGAAAAUGCCAUAAAAAUAGAAGACCAAAGCAGACAAGAACAAGAAGAAAAGGAAAGAAAAGAGUUGGAGGAAAAAUAUGAGCAGAGCAUCCUUGACAUGAAGAAACGAUAUGAAGAUGAAGCAAGAAAGCAAGCUGAAGAAUUCAAUGAAUUGAGGAAGAAAUACGCUAUGAACUUUGCAGGCCUGAUGGAAGAACAUAAGGAGGAGAAGGAGGCAAUGAAGAAGCAGCAUGAGAGAGAAAUGAUAAAGAUAGGAGAAGAAAACAGAAAAAGUUUAAAACGGUUAGAUGAUCUCUCAAAGUAUAGAGAAGAAAUAUUAAAAGAAGAACUUAAAAGACAAAAAGAAAAGCAGCUAAAAGAAAUCGAGGAACUGAAAAAAAAACAGGAGCAAGAAGAGUCUCAUUUCAAAGAGAAGUACAAACACAGAUGUGUGAUCCAGUAA